AUGUCGAUAAUUCCAAUCAACGAUCGCCGGAGACUUUCUUCAGGCGAUAGAAUAUGGGAGCCAUUCGAGCUCAUGAGCUCCUUCUUCGACUUCCCAUCACCUUCUCUCCUGCUUUCUCACCAUUUUCCUUCACUUCCCCGAGAAAUUUUCCAAUCCUCUUCUUCAUCCACCGUCGAGACGCAGCUCAAUUGGACGGAGACUCCGACGGCUCACGUUUUCAAGGCGUAUCUCCCGGGAACGACUCAGGACGAAGCGAUCGUGUUCGUGGACGACGAAGGUUUUCUCCAGAUCUGCACUGGAGACAACAAAUUCAUGAGCAGGUUCAAGCUUCCCGAUAACGCCCUGACGGAUCAGGUCACGGCGUGGAUGGAGGAAGGGUUUCUCGUCGUGUUCGUCGCGAAAGAUGGUUCCUCUUCUGCGCCGCCACCGCCGGAGAUCGAGGAGAAUCGCAACGUGAGAGUCGUGGAAAUCACCGGUGAUGAAUGA